AUGGAGUCCGGAGAAGAUAAUCGAACGGCGACAAUUCUAGGUACAAUAGGAACAGUAUUCUGGUGUAUUCAGCUGGUUCCUCAGAUAUGGUACAACUGGAGACGUAAAAAAACAGAGGGGCUGCCUGUGAUGAUGGGGUUUUUGUGGGCAGGAUCUGAUGAAAAUAUCCGAGAUAGGCGCUGUUCCUAUGGGAGUUUAUCUGAUUUUACAGGUAUUGAUAUAACCAAAAAGACUCGGACCUGUUAUUGUGCCAAACAGAAAGUCAAUCUGCCAUUGCAAAUCCAGCCGCAAAUCUUUGGAUUUUUUUCGACAAUCAUUUGGGCGCAAAUAUUAUAUUACAACCAUAACUAUAGCAAGAUCAAAGCAACACUAGUCUGCUGUGGGCUGCUUGCUCUGUUAGGGGGACUCGAGGCACUAUUGGUUCUCACAUUAAGGAUUCCCUAUGAGAAAGGAAUAACUUGGCCUGACCUAGUUGUUGGCAUUGUCGCGGCCAUAAUGCUUGGUGCUGGCAUAGUCCCCGUUUAUUUUGAGCUUUGGAAAAGAGAGGGGAGAGUCGUCGGGUUCAAUUGGGUGUUUCUAUGCAUCGACACCCUUGGGGGUCUAUUCUCGCUGUUUGCGCUCGCGGCAGAGGGAUCGUUUGACAUCUUAGGUGGGAUAAUGUAUAUCAUUGUGUACGAUCUAUUACACUUCUUCUGUUUUUCGGUUGUACUCGAGAUGGGCAUCUACAUCAGCCACACAGUAUGGCGUUACCGAUUUAGAAAGCUCCGGAAGGAGGCAAAGGAGUCAGGAAAGAGCAUUGACGAAAUACUUGAGCGUUACAAAGUGGAUAGUUCAAGUUCAUCAAUGGCAUAA